GAAGCUGCGUGGAGCAGAGUUACUCUAGUUUCACUCGUGGACAUUUUUUGAGUGGAUAAAGAUGUGGACAGAAAAUGCUCAAAUGAGAAUUAUGUCAUUUUUUCUGGUUUUUCAGGAAAUGCAAACUGCGAUAUCAGUGAUCCACUCUCUGAGGUAUUUCUACACAGCAUCUUCUGGAGUCCCAAACUUCCCUUCAUACGUGUCUGUUGGGUUGGUGGAUGAUGUUCAGAUCAGUUACUGUGACAGUUUAACCCAGAACAACAUUCCUAAACAGGAAUGGAUGAAUAACAUGAGUUUAGAAAAUCCAACCUUCUGGGAAGAGGAAACUAAGACAUGUCUGGGAAAACAGCAAGUCUUUAAAGCCAACAUAAAAAUUGCAAAACAAUGAUUCCAUCAAACUGGAGGAGUUCACGUCUACCAGCAGAUGUACGGCUGUGAGUGGGAUGAUGAGACUGGAGAGGUUAAAGGUUAUGAUCAGAUUGGUUAUGAUGGAGAAGAUUUCAUUGUUUUGGACCUGGAGACACUGACAUGGAUCGCUCCAAAACCACAGGCUGUUAUCAGCAAAAACAGGUGGGAUAGUGACGGAUAUGUUGCAAACCAGGAGCAGACCUACUUAACUCAGACGUGUCCUGAGUGGCUGAAGAAGUAUGUGAGCUAUGGGAGGAGAACAGAUCUUCCCUCAGUUUUCUUCCUCCAGAAGUCUUCCUCUUCUCCAAUCAGCUGCUUUGCUACAGGUUUCUACCCCAAAGAAGCAGAAAUGUUCUGGAGGAAAGAUGGAGCAGAAAUCAAUGAUAGUUUAAGUAGAGCAGAGAUCCUCCCUAACAAUGAUGGAACCUUCCAGAUGACUCUGGACACCGAUCUGUCUUCUGUUCCACCUGAAGAAUGGACCAACUAUGAAUGUGUGUUUCAGUUCUCUGGAGUCAAUAGAAACAUCACAGAAAGACUGGAGAAAACAAAAAUAAUGACCAAUGAAUCAAAUCUCACCAUAAUAAUCGUCGCUGUUGUUUCUGCUGUUGCCGUUCUUGCUCUUGUGAUCGGAGUCGUUCUUUACGAGAAAAAGAACGGUUCUCCAGCUUCGGGUCCAGAGACAUCAUCUUUUGUCCUUAACAGAUAAGGCAAUGCCCAAUGAUGCAAACAUUGCAUAAUGAUGGCAUCAAAGAAAAACUCCUCUCAUAUCCCCGACCUGAAGGCAACAUCUUGCAACCAUGACAACCAGCCAUAGCUUAUAAAGAUGGUGGUUAGAAACAAGGAACAAUACAUAAGAUAAAUUCCAGACCUGCAGCUACAGAUCACUCUGGACAACUUAUAAGCGACAACAACACACAACAGGUACAGGCUGAU